GAUGAGGCACAGAUAGUAAUAGACAAAGGUCAUCUCUUUUUGCUAGGUCAUGAAUAUGUUCAUAAAUCUGAUUAUAUAAAUACCACUAUCUUUCUGGCUUUAGAUUUUUUGCUAAAAGAGGAGCCAGAAGA